GGGAACAUGUGCCAGCCAGGGUGAAAUAAAUAAGCACAAAAGACACUGUAUAGUUUUUUGUUGUAAAUUAUUAUUUUAUAUUUUGUUUGUUUGUAAUAAUACUUUUUGGAGGGGAGUAGGACUAGGCUACAGACAGAGCCUUCUAUUGCAAUAAAAGGCUUUGGCUAUGGACUGGGCUGAAAUUAAUUAGAUUUCUUCUCAACAUCGCACUUCGUCAUGACAACCGUUAAAGAGCCAAAACCCCGUGUUUGUCACCACUGCCGCGGCGCUCCACUCUCAGCACCAGUCACCGCCCGCAACAGAAAAAGUUUUUUAUGUUUAAUUCUUGAGAGAACCGGACCGCACCGGACUAGUCACCCCAGAGCGAUGCACCGCGCAAUUCACUGUUGUUUUUCUAGACACCGUUUGAGCAGCAUACAGACAAGAAAACGUUUUUGUGAAAGAAAAAGCUGUCUGACAAACGUGCUGUGGUUGCAGGUAAGUUUUAUUAUUUUUGCAUUGUGUUAUUUAACAACUCUUGAGAAUAAUUAAGGCAUCUGUUUCAGUAACUGAUUAACUUUAAAUGCAAAUCUUAGCCUAAAUAUUGGCUACUGAAAUAUUGCAUUCCAAUGUCAAACUCACAUAAAUGUGUAACACAAUGCGAAUGACACUUCCAAUAUUCUGUAGGACACUCUUCCUCGAGCGUACCCUGCCUGUCAUAACCAGGGCACACUGGUAUACUGACUAGACUACUGCCUAAUAUAUGGCAGUGUGUGUCAGGGGGAUGAAGAAGAGAACCAGGAGCCAGAAACGUCCUCUCAUUCAGUUAAAUCUACAGUCAACGACAUGUCACAUAUUACCCUAUUACCUUAAACUAUAUUAAACAUGUAGUUUUGAAUCAUAUUAUCUUUCAGCGGGGUCGGGUAACCACUUUUAACUUUGUUUAACAAAGCUCUCUGUAACAGUUCUAAACCACAAGACUUGUUGGUUGGGGAAAAAUGUAAUGGAUUGAAUUGGAGGCCAGUCUUGUAAAUAGUCUGUCUCCUAUAAAGUGCACUUUUUUCUCUCACUUCCUUUUCGGAUUAUCUUGUCUCUUUCCCAACAGUCAAAUCUCCUACACCAGUGUUUUUUAAAUGUCGGGUCUGGUCCCACUGGAGGGCUGCAACUGAUUUCUUUCAGGUCUGGAUCCUGGCACAAUAAGCAUUGGAGUUUUUUGGUGACAGCAGAAUCACUAUUCCACCAUUUUGUUAGUCAGUUCUUUACCCAGCAUAAGCCAUGUUCAGCCUGUCAGAGCUGGCCUCUCUGAGUGAGCGUCAGGGCACCUCCAAGCUGCUGAAGCCCUGGUGGGAGGUCUUCAUGGAUUACCUGGUGGUGCUGAUGCUCAUGGUAUCUGUGUUGUCAGGCACCCUGUUGCUAUCUCGAGACAGGGUGGUGUGUCUCCCCCUGGACCUCACUACCACCCCCACUAACCAGAACACCUCAUCCAGCAGUGGUAUCGUACCUCAACCCCACCCCCCUAACAGGCCCCCCACCAAACCAUCCCCCCUACCAGCCAGCCCUUGGACCCCUGCUAGGGGCAGACGCACCCACCUGGACUACCAGCGGUAUGUCUACAUUAGCCAGGUGUGCUACCACGAGGCCCUGCCCUGGUACUCCCGCUUCUUCCCCUAUGUGGCUCUACUCCAGUCCCUGGUGCUAUUGGCCAGUGGUUGCUUCUGGUUCCACUUCCCCCUCACCUCCGCCCGCAUAGAGCACUUCCUGACCAUCCUGGCCAAGUGCUGUGAGUCUCCCUGGACCUCCCGCGCCCUGUCCCAUGCCGCCCGCCAGGAGGAGGGAGGGGAGGAGACAGGCCCCCAGGAUCUCCAAACGCCUCCUCCUACUCUCCUGUCUUCACCCCCUGUACCCCGCAACCGCCAGUCCAGCCUGGACUCGGGCACAGACAGCCCCCUGCUGGUGAGAUCGGAUAGCGCGUCCACUGCCGCCCCUCCCUCGCCCUGCCCCUCCACUCUCUCCCGGACCUCCUCCCUGUCCACCAUGUCUCUGUCCCGGGCCCAUGUCCCGGCUUCUAAAUCCCCUGUGGUGCUGGAUGGUUCACGGCAGGUUGCCAGUUUGGACCGGAGUGACGGGGAGCAGGCCAGGGCACUGUUCGAGAGGGUGCGUCGCUUCCGCUCCCACUGUGAGAACUCUGAAGUCAUCUACAAGGUGUACUUGGCCCAGACGGUGUUCAAGCUGCUGCUGGUGGAGCUGAUAGUGGGCUACACCACCCCUCUGAUGAGCUCCAUCUCAUUCACCCACACCUGCCUACCCCAGGCCCACGCCCUGACUGGCUACAGUGCCUUUGAGUGUACCCAUGCCCUGGCCUCGGUCCUCCACAAGUUGCUGCUGGCCUACAUCAGCCUGGUGGGGCUCUUUGGCCUGCUGAGCAUCUACACCCUCAGCUGGAUCCUCCACAGCUCCCUGUGUCAAUACUUCUUUAACAAACUGAGGGAGCUGGGCUCCAUGAGGGAUGUCCCUGACUUAUGUAAUGACCUGGCCUUCCUGUUACACAUGGCUGACCAGUACGACCCCCUACUGGCCCAGCGCCUUUCCGUCUUCCUGUCACCUGUCAGCGAGACACGCCUGCUGGAGGAGAGCCUAGAGAGGCGCUGGGGUUCCGAGCUGCAGCUGCAGCUGCCCCUGCUGCAGCUGGUGGCCCUGCCGCGCCUGCCCCCCGCCCUCUUCACCCUCAGCCAGCUGGUGGUGCUCAAGCUGGAGCUCAUCUCAGACGCCAAGCUCCCCGCACAGGUGGCCAACAUGACCUCACUCAGGGAGCUUCAUUUGUAACACUGUACUGCAGCCAUGCAGCCUGGUGCCCUGGUGGUUCUGCAGGAGCGUCUGGAGGCCCUGCACCUCACCUCCACCCAGGCUGCAGAGAUCCCUGGCUGGGUCUACUCUCUCUGCGGCCUGC